GUCAAAUCAAAAUAAUUCUGUUCAAUAUUAUUAAAUAUUUUAUUAUUAAGACCGAAAAAUUUUUUUUCGAAUCGUAAUAUAUAUUAUUAAUAAAAAAAAAAACAUUUAAUCGAACAAAAUGUUUUCGGUCUUAAUUCGUGGAGCAUGUAAUAACGUUCGAGCCACACCUGUUCGAUAUUUAGCGACAAAUGCAUCUGUACUUGGUGCAAAAUCAUUACGAUGCAGCUCGAAUACAUUAAUUCAAAAUGUCAACAAAUCGAAGAUUAUGUUUGUAAAUACCUCGAAAAGUUUAUUAACACCAAAAAAUAGUCAAAUAAUAACAUCCAUUAGAAAUAUUCAACUAUCCCCAAAACGUAUGAGUGCUAUGGACCAUAGCAAAUUGUGGACCAUUGAACGUUUAUUGGCCGUUGGUUUAUUAGUUACGUUACCAAUAGCUAUAGCUGUUCCAAAUCCUGUAUUAGAUACUAUUGCAGCUAUUUCAAUUGUUAUGCAUCAAUAUUGGGGCUUAGAAGCAAUUUGCAACGAUUACGUUCGACCAAUCGUUGUUGGUCAUACAAUACCCAAAGUGACACAUUUUUUGUUAAUUGCUCUAACAUUAGCAACAUUAGGUGGUCUAUUUUAUUUCAAUUAUAAUGAUAUGGGAUUAGGACGUGCCAUCCGACGUAUUUGGAGUUUGGAAUCUUCUAAACCAUCAUCUUCAUCUACGAAAACUCAUUAAUACUACGCAUCUCCUAAGUGACAAAUUUUUUAGUUUCCUGUGUCACCACCAAAGGUUCAACGAAUAAAAACUUAAAUUCGUAA